ACGCCGCGACACGAGGCAACUAUAUCCACCGCGUUGCUACACCUGCUUGUCCUCGCUGGCCUCUUCGCUCUCAGCACCGCUGCUAUCUGUCCGAACGGUUGCAUCUGCGACGACGAGAACCUCGUGGUGUCCUGCAUAGGAGCGAAUCUGGACGUAAUACCGAUCGCGUUGAAUCCCAGCAUCCAACGGAUAGUGUUGAAGGAGAAUCGGAUAAAAAUAGUGGACGGGGCAGCCUUUCAAUUCUACGGGGACUUGAAGAACGUCGAUCUGUCCAGCAAUCAUCUGUUCACCAUUCCAAACGGCAGCUUCGACGCGCAGAAGCAACUGGUGGAGCUUCAUCUCAGGCACAACAAGAUCUCCGCGUUGACCGAGAAGACGUUCCAAGGUCUGAAAUCUCUGACUGUGCUGAAUCUACGGGACAACUACUUGGAGAGCCUGAAGAACGGUUUGUUCGCCUCGUUGUCGAAGCUGGAGGAGCUCGACUUGGGGAAGAAUCGUAUAUCGAAAGUCGAACCGGGCGCUUUUCAGAAAUUGGGCACGCUCAGGGUAUUGCACCUCGACGAUAAUCAACUGAGAACGAUUCCGUCGCCGGCUCUGGCGCCGUUGAACGCUCUGGCAGAGUUGCACGUAGGUUGGAACGCGUUCUCGUCGCUUCCGGACGACGCUUUCAAGGGAUUGGAACAGUUGACCGUGUUGGACAUCACCGGUGCAGGACUGGACGAUAUCAGCGACGGCGCUUUUCGCGGCUUGAACGCUCUGCGCACGUUGGAGCUGGACGGUAACAAGCUGCGCGAAGUGCCGACGAAACAGCUCGCUGUUCUACCGCGUCUCGAAGAGCUCACGUUGGGCCAGAACUUCUUCACCACUCUGAGAUCGGGCGCGUUUCAAGGUUUGUCCAAGCUGAAGAAACUGGACAUAUCGGCGGCGAAAUUGUUAACCACGGUGGAACGAGGAGCAUUCUCAGACAACGCCAACCUGGAGACCCUCGUGUUGAACAGCAACAAACGAUUAACUACAAUGGAGGACGGUUCUCUGGCUGGUCUGCCUAACUUGAGGCAUUUAAUGCUGCGCGACAACGCGUUCACCGGUUUCUCCGAGUCUCUGGUGGCUUGGAACGAGCUUCGCCGGCUGGAUUUAAGCGAGAAUCCCUUGGUAUGCGACUGUAGCCUGCUCUGGCUAGCAGAGGUACUCGUACCAAGAAACUCUAGCCCGGUAUUAUGCUCGGAACCGCCGGAAUCGAAAGGGAAGUCCAUAAAGGGUAUGACACCUGACGAACUAGGCUGCGCUUUCUCCGAUCCCCGGAAACAAGCUUUGCUGGCGACCCUCUGUGCAGCCAGCCUCGCCUUGCUCACAGGCUUAGCUCUGAUCGUCUACUACAGAUGUCGCAUACGUGUCAGAGAAGCCCUGAAGGACUACAAAUGGAAGAAUCCCGCGAUGUCUAAUCCGGAGUAUCAGCAGACCUGCUCGGAGGACGAGUAUAUAGCGAGAGCCACGCUUACCCGUCUCAAGCCUCAGACGCAGCAGAUCCCACCGCACCAUUUUCAGCAGCAACAGCAGCAGCAGCAGCAACAACAACAACAGCAACAUUCUCAAAUAGCGGCGGGUAUCAAGCCUAUACCGGUGACGGAACUGUAGCUAGAACUUCGGGCGGCUAGCCCUGGAACCGGCGGUGUUUGGUUCUUGCCCCAUGGCAAUACUACUCUCGCCGAAGGCUUCACCUACAUCGACGGGGACACGGCGCGUCGGAUGCGCCGCCCUGGAACCCUGCCCAACUCCGGAACGUCCGGUCAUCGUUCAGCUGGGCCCAUAGAGGACGGUUCGACGCCGUUGAGCGUUCCAAACGAGAAUUGCCCCUCCGCAGGCGGUAGAUUACACUAUUCGAAUCACUCGUUACGCCGUACAACACCGCAGCCGCCCCAUUUGCCAUCUCGUGACGCCGACUAUUCCGCGGAAAGGGUGCAGAACGAUUCGAGGCUUCAGAACGGUAUACCUGGACAUCACGCGCCUCCCCCGCUCCCCUCGCGACAUCAGUCAACGUGCAGUCAGUCAUCGUAUCCGACAUUGCCUAUGAACGGUCACGCGGCCCAUCAGUAUCAUCACUUCCCGCGCGAGAAGGAGAGAUGUAGCGGCCGUGAGAGGAGUCGCGAUCGAGACGUCGGCGUGCAGUCCGUUCCUCAUCGGUCAGAGAAGCACCGAGAUACUCACAUGGAGAUGGAGAUGCACGACGGUUUGGAUAUAGGUGAAAUAGGGACCUAUCGGGCGUAAAGGUGCGCGUGGGUGAAUAGAGGGGAACAAAAGGUGAAGUCGCUUGGGGUUAAAAGGGUAAUCGCGGAUAGGGCCAAGUGAAUUGAAUCGAAGACUGAACGUCGCGAUAACGGGGACUCCGGGGACGACGAGCGAAGAAGUUUCGUUUAAAUUAGCAGCGAUGUUUCGCGCGUUCUCCGUCUGUUGUUGCCGCCGGGCCAAGUGGGAACACACGCACGCGGCGUGAAACAAUCGAAGAAUCAGAGAUGCGUCGGAGUGGGUGAGCAACGAACGGUGUCGGUACAAUUGCGUUGGAAUUGGCGAAUAUCACGACUAAAUCAAAUUGAAGACUGAUUACGAUGUGAACGUCGGUGAAGCAACAACACCGACGAGUAAUUAACCGAUAUUGGUAUACAUUCCAAUCACC